AGAAGGCUAUGGUUUUAAUAAACAUGGCGCUUCAUUGCCCUCGAUGCGCGCUGCAUACGCAGUGUCCGCAAUAUCUGUAGUACAAAGUCUGUACGGACCGUUUGAUUGGUAGGCUUGGUUGCAGUGUAGCUUGGUGGUCGUUUCCGUAGCUUUUCAGUUAAAGCGAUUAGUUUUCUGCGGCGAAAUCCGGCAUGGAUUACGAUUAUCAAGUUUGCGAGGACUCGGACAGCGAAGGCUACGACAGCAGUAGUUCUGAAGACGCCUUCGAAGCCUACGUGCGUCAGAAGUAUCUAUCGCGGCCCGAUGAUGAUGGAGACGACUUCGAGAAGGAGAUGGAGAACGAGCUUUCGGCGACGUUUAAGCACUUCGAGCAACGACAGCUAUUCGACGCCGGUUCUACAGACCCCGCGAUCGGCGCUGGACCGGCCCGUCAACGACUUGCGGACAAAGGACAUGCUACCGUAAAACCUGUCCAGGCUGAAGGCGGCCUCCAAGAUGUAAAGACAGUGACUUGUAAAACAGAAGACUCCAAGCAGCAGACUGCAACUGACAAAAAAGCAGCGGGUGCCGCAAAAGAUCAGCAGACCGAGGUCAACAAAGCGGAUGAUUCUGUAGAGAUGACUGCAGUAGACAACAUACCAUCUAAGCCUAAAGAAGGGAGCGACAAAAAUGCUGAGAAGAGCGGUCCAUCCAAUGACGAUCUCUUCUACGAUCCAGAAAUGGAUGAUGAAGACGAGAAGUGGGUGAACCAACAGCGGCGAAGCUGCAUAUUUCCCACCGAGUCCAAACAAGAUAAGGACAGUGGUCAAGUCAAGCCGUUGCCGCUGAGUGAUGCAGUCCUCAAUUGCCCUGGCUGCAUGACUCUUCUGUGCCUUGACUGUCAGCGGCAUGAAAUCUACAACACCCAAUACCGGGCCAUGUUUGUGAAGAACUGUGUGGUCAACAAGAAAGAAACUCUCAGAUGUCUGCCGUCGAGGUCAUCAGUGCGCCGCCGAAACCUUCCCGAAGGUGCGAACGACCCACGCGACAUCUUCAAUCCCGUGCGCUGCGAAGUCUGCCGAACAGAGGUCGCCGUGUAUGACAGCGAAGAGGUGUACCAUUUCUUUAAUGUCAUUGCAAGCUUUUCAUGAAGGAGAAAAAUCCUGGUGCAGUGCGACUGCAUCAAGGCAUUGUACAGAGACUAUUGUAAAUAAAGGCUGACAAAAUACUUUA